AUGGCCGAUUCCAUGGCGAAGCUCUCGUCCAAUCUCGCGAUGUUUCGCCCCGGCGUCGCGCUUCCUCCAUCGCAAAGCUGCCGGAAUCGAAGAUUGGUGGUGCGAGCGGCCGCUGGGACGAUCGCCGGAGGAGGAGCCGGGGGAUAUCGUACUAUCAGGAGAAGAGUCGCCAAGGUGCUGUCGAUCGGUGACAAAUCCGCCAAGUUCCGGGACAAGGCAUCCGGGGACUCGCCCAACAUCAAGCUCCUCUCGCGGAUCGAGCAGCUCCGGCUGCUCACCAAGGCCGAGAAAGCCGGCCUCCUCUCCACGGCCGAGAACCUGGGAUUCACGCUCUCCUCCAUCGAGAAGCUAGGGCUCCUCUCCAAGGCCGAGGAGCUGGGCGUCCUGUCCGCCGCCACGGAUCCAUCCACGCCCGGCGCGCUCCUCACCACCGCGCUCGCAUUGCUCCUCCUCGGCCCGGCCUUCGUCUACUUCGUCCCGGAGAACUCGGUGCCGCUCGUCGUGCUCCAGGCCGUGGUGGCGGCGGUGUCCGUGCUGGGAGGAUCGGCCGCGUUCGCGGCAUCGAAUUUCGUGGCCACGAUCCAAGCCGCGAAGUGA